CCCAGAAAGUCUCCUGAUUCCUUCCUCGUCAACCAGCUGCAGACAAAGAAAUGGCGUUUCGAACAGCUUGGAGAAAUAAGUAUGCUUUAUCGGGCAUUUUUUCCCAGCUGUCCUCAAGCAGCCGCCAUGGUCAUGGGCAAGUCAGAUUGUGUGCAUCGACCGUGCUUUCUUCUCAGCAGAGGAGCAACUCUACAUCGUCAAGAAUUACAGUAGAUUUUGACCAGAAAUCAGGCGUAGCCGUUAUGCAGCUGAAGAAUCCUCCUGUCAACAGCCUCAGUUUGGACUUCCUCACUGAGAUUUGCAUCAACUUGGAGAAACUAGAGAUGGACAAGAGUUGCAGAGGCCUCAUCAUCACCUCUAGUCUACCUAAAGUUUUCUCAGCUGGACUGGACAUUUUGGAGAUGUAUGGUAAAAGUCCUGAAAGCUGUGGGGCAUUCUGGAAAGCUGUUCAGGAAAUGUGGCUGAAAUUAUACAGCUCUAACAUGGUCACAAUAGCUGCAAUCAAUGGUUCCAGUCCCGCAGGCGGCUGUCUAAUGUCAAUGACAUGUGACCAUAGGAUAAUGGCUGACAACCCGCGGUACAGCAUCGGCCUUAAUGAGACUCAGCUUGGCAUAGUGGCGCCUUUUUGGUUUAAGGACACCAUGGUUAAUACAGUAGGCCAUCGGACCACUGAGAUGGCCUUGGGUCUCGGGUUACUCUACAGCCCAACAGAGGCUCUGAAGAUAGGACUGGUGGACCAGAUAGUACCAGAAGAUAAGCUCAUGACCACAUCGGAGCAAGUAAUGGCCAAGUGGCUGGCCAUUCCAGACCAUGCCAGACAAAUCACCAAGUCCAUGAUGAGGAAGCCAACAGUCGACAAGUUGACAUCCAAAAGAGAGGCCGACAUUCAAAACUUUGUGAGCUUCAUCACAAAAGACGCAAUCCAGAAGUCACUCCAAAUGUAUCUUGAGAUGCUCAAAAAAAGAAAGGCAUAAUGAGACUUUGUAAGUAACUAAAGGCUGCAUCAUCUUAGAUUUAUCACGAGCUGAGAUUAUAAUGUCAGUGUCUAGUCCUGCUACUUGAGUGUGGACGAUCAGUAUCAGCAAAAGAAUGUACAUAUCCAUAUAUUGAAGGUCUGCUUGUAUGCUAUAUAAUAUCCCGGUCUAAUUAAACUUGCUUAAGGGUAUGUGCCCUGAGCACAAAUCUAGCUCAUCAGAGGUCAGGUAACCUAAACCUCAUCAUGGAAGUGCCUGACCCACCUGUAUUAUGGUGCAUUCUGUCUUUUUACCCUGGACUCAGUUUAAACCUUUUAUUGGUAUCUAGUUUCUGAAAAAUAUUAGGCAUUCAUACAUGCACUUGUUGUUUAGGGUGUGUGUACAAUGAUAAAAGUCGACUUUUUGUUCGGCCCUGCAUACCUGAAGUGUAUUUACUUUAAUGCCACUGUUGAUUAAUUGACAAAAAAAUCAGUGUGUAACUGUAACAUACUAAAAGAAACUGGGGUUUGACAUGUCAAUAAAUAAAACAAUCGCUCUACAAACUGCUCUUUUGAGUUGUCCUGGCUUUUGCCUAUAGAUUUUCAACAUGGAAUACUGCAAAAGAGUUAAAGAACAUUGUUUGACCAUUAUUAUAUUGAAAAAUGUAUUGUACACUUUGGCUACGUUCACAACGCUGUAACAGGCCAUCACGUGUCGCGGUGUUUACAGAAGUACAGCAAAGGCUCCGCCCUCAUGCUUUUGUGGCAAAUUUGAGGAUUUUAUGCUGCCGGAGCUAGCAUAUUUUUUAACCUGAUGGCUUCUGAUAAACAUUAGACUUUCAUAUAUUUUAGAUUCAUUACACACAACUGAAGUACUUCAAGC